GCCCAUUGUGUUUAUCUCCUUCCAUAGAGGUCCAGCCAGAUGCUGGUUUCUUUCUAAGUGACGAGAUGGAAAGCCUGUCUGCAUGGACUCGGGAAGGGAUGGCCGGAGAUGUGGAGCCACAGACGCCAUAUUUGCUGGACCCCCCAGAGAAGAGCAAUUUGAAAACAAGUAGUAAAGCCAUGUUUGAUGUUGUUACUGGAAAACCACCAGCUUCUCUGAACAGCUCCUUGGGCCUUCCUCCUGGCACUUCUUGCACCCCCUGCCCUCCUGUCUCCCUGACCAGCCCUGAGAUGAUCUGUCCCCUCACGCAGGGUCCUCCUGGGGCCAGCCCAGCACGAGGUCCUGAUCGUACUUGCAGCAGCCCCACCAUCUGUUGUUUCCCUGCAUUGGACACUCAGACACCUCCAAUUCUGGGGUUCUAUGUUCGUGCGGUUUCCGGAGAGGCCUUUUGUCUGCUGGUGAAUUUGGGGCACACUUCUCAAGCUGAAAUGAAGCUCUGCAACAUGACCAAGACAAUGACUGUGACUGCCUGCCACCAGAAUAGGAGAGGAGUCUAUGAGCUCAGGGCUGUUAUUUGUGAGUUGCAUGGGGCAGAACUGGAGCUUGGACCUUAUUACGUGGAAAUGGGUCGUGAGGCUGUGUCGGCGAUCAUGAAUUCCAGUAGCGUCCAUCAGGGGGAGGCCCUUAUCUUUGCCGAUUCCAACCUGAAGCAGAAAAGUACUGCUGUAAUGCAUCGUUUUUCAUCCAUCUCAUCAUACAAUGUGUCCUUUAUUUCUCUGUCCCAAGUGUGUGACCGCCAGGCUUGGUCCAGUGUGACUGUGCGGUAUGAGAUGCAACCUGUUUCUGUCUAUACAAAUGGAACUGUGUUCGCUGCAGACACAGAUAUCACCUUUGUGGCUGUUACCAAGGAAACCAUACCCCUGGAGUUUUCCUGGUAUUUUGGAGAUGAUCCACCAGUGCUGACGACUUCCAGAAGCAUUAGAAGAAGGCUCCACCUCCCCCAGUGGUACCAUGUGACAGUCAAGGCCUCUAGUGGCAUUGGCAGUGUGGUCUCUGAGCCGCACCUCAUCAGGGUACAGAAGAGAAUUGUGGCCAACCGGCUCAUGUCUGCCUCAUCCGCCCUGGUAAACACCAGUGUGGCCUUUGAGUACAGAAUCAACUUUGGCACAGACAUUGCCUACCGGUGGGACUUUGGGGAUGGUACUGUCAGCUCAGGGAGCAGCUCUACCAGCCACGUCUACAGCAGGGAGGGAGAAUUCAGAGUGGAGGUCCUUGCCUUCAAUAACGUCAGCUCUGUUGCCCUAAGAAAGCAGCUUUUCAUCGUGCGGGAGCCCUGCCAGCCGCCUCCCGUGAAGAACAUGGGGCCUGCCAAGGUCCAGAUGUGGCGGUCUCAGCCUCUGAGACUGGAAGUGACAUUUGAAGCUGCUGUCCUCUGUGACAUCUCCCAAGGUAUUUCUUACACCUGGAACAUUCUAGACUCCCAGAGGUCUCUUGUAGUCCUUCCUGCUGGCAUCAACACUCACAGACAGACCAUCCUGCUGCCGAGCUACACACUGGAUUGUGGGAACUACACUGCCAUUGCCAAGGUGCAGAUUGAGGGCAGCGUGGUACACAGCAACUACUGCGUGGCUUUGGAGGUGCGAGCCAGGGCUCCUGUCAGUGUGAUCUCAGCGGGCACGCACCUAUUUGUCCCCAGGGUUUCUCCUGUCCCCAUAGUCCUCAGUGGGUCCCACUCCUAUGACCCUGACAACCCAGGCGCCACUCUCAGAUAUCUCUGGGCAUGCAGCAUUGCCAGCUCACCUGGACAGCCCUGCUUUGACAACGCCACUCUCCACCCGCUGGACACCAGAGCUCCCACUGUGUCCUUCCCGGCCAGGUGGCUCAGUGGAUGCUGUGACCAGUUCCUCAUGACCCUGACCGUCUCCAGUGGUGGCCGGAACUCUUCUGAGGCCCAGGUGUUCCUGUCUACCCGCACUGACCCAGACUUCAGAUUCAUCCAUCUCUUCUGGGUGGACUUUAAAGACAUCCAUGUCAACUGGAAUGAAGAACUUUCUCUCCAAGCUGUGUGUGAGCACUGUGAAGACAUCCAUGAUGUCUCUUACUCCUGGGAUCUCUUCUUAGUCAAUGCAACAGAAAAGAGUAGGAUGGAAGUUCCUUUUUGUAGCACCGUGGGGCUGCUGGGUGCCUCGGCCCUUGAGGCUGCUUUGAAGUCAUCGGAGUCCAAUCUACAGGCGGCAGAUCCAAACAUGGCAGAUGGUGAUGGAAGACCCACACUGUCCUCACAGGGGCCUUCACUCUCCACCCUAGCCCCACUAAUCAUUUCUGUCAUGGAGAGCCUGUCCUUGGAAUCCACAAGAGAUGGUCACUAUAUUCCCACUGCUGGUGAUACCAUGGCCCCAGGGGAGUCUCCUGAGGAUGGUCGGAAGAGCCCAGAGUCAGAGUCCCUGGCAGAGCGAGACUGGACCCUGCCCAGCUCCUCCUCUUCCCUGGAUGAUUUUGAAGCUUAUUACAGCGACAUCCAAGAAGCAGUGCCAUCCCAGGGAAGACAGCCAGGGAACAGUAUCAGCCCCCCUGGAUCAGGACCAAGCACCCAUGCUACGGGGAGCCCCUAUGACGGGGAUGGUCUGCUGGGUCCCUUCCUCUCCCCAGGCAGAGUGGAGCCAGUUCUCAUGAUCGACUGGCGCAAGGCCCAGGUCAGCCCAGCUGUCUUCCAAGGCUACACAGCGUCAGGUAUCACAGGAUCAUCUGUGACAAUAAAGCCAUACUCCCUGAGCAGUGGAGAGAUGUACGUUCUACAAGCAUCUGUGGCUUCAAAGCAUGGCUUACGAGGCAGAGCUCAGCUCUACUUCACAGUUAACCCGACUCCACAAGACAUGGCCUGCCAGGUGCGGCCCCACCAUGGCCUGGAAGCACACACCAUCUUCAGUAUUUUCUGCCUGUCAGGGAAGCCGGAUUUUCACUACGAAUUUAGUUACCAGCUAGGAAAUGGCUCCAAGCACACCCUGUACCGUGGGAGAGAUACCCACUAUUACUUUGCACUGCCAGCUGGGGAGCCCUUGGACAGUUACAAAGUCAUGGUUUCCAUGGAGAUCACAGAUGGAGAUGGCUCCAAGGUGCAGCCAUGCACAGCGGCAGUGACCGUGAUGCCCCGUUUCCAUGGGAACAGCUGCCUCAGCGAGGACCUAUAUAAUUCCAGCCUGAAGAGCCUGUCUAUCCUCCAGCUGAUGGGGAGUCACAGGGAAACGAGGAACUUCAUCACCAUGAUCACUGAGAUCCUCAGACAUUUGGUUAUGGAGAACAGAAGUGCUUCAUGUGGCUGGUGGUCACAAAUUCAGGAUGCAUUCAUUUCUUCCUUGUGCAAAUUAGUGUUUGUAGAUCAGGAAGAAAGGAUUGAUUCUAUUCUUAUAUUAAGAGAUCUCAUAAGCCUUCCUCAUAAGUUAAGCUUUGGUAGCGCAGCACACAUUCUCAGGUACACCCGGACACUCUUGGCUCAUGAUCAGUUCUUGGAAAGGUUUGUGGUUGACAAAGGAUUUGUUCUUGAAUUUAUCCUUCUCAUUUCUGGAGUCUGGGAAGCCAGCACACAAAAAAUCUUGACAAAUAAGGACUACCUACGAGAAGAAGGAAUGAAGGUCAUCUCAGAUGUGUUGCUAAGGUGUCUUUCUUUGAGCCAGAAGCGUCGAUUCCACGUGAGCACUGGGCAGAUGGAAUUCUGGAUCCUUCUUCAUGACAACCUUCAGAGCUCUGUUCAGAGCCUGGGCUCUGUCCAGGUGCAUUUACCUGGUGGCCUGUCCGGGCACACUCUUGCUCAAGAAGAAAGGCAGAGUCCAUGCUACAUAAGCCAGCUUCUGUUCUUCAAGAAGAGCCCCUACCCAGGGGUACCCGGUCUGGGGCAGGUUGGCAGUGUCGUGGGCAUCGCCCUCUAUGGCUGCUCCAGCAGAAAGCCCAUCCUGAGAGGACAGCUGCAGACACCCGUGACCGUGGAAUUUGAGGAGGAAGCUAGCCCUGACAAUAAGAGAAACACAACAUUUGUGUUGCUGCGGAAUCAGGUGAACUUCCACCAGUUUGCUGGGCUUUCUGGAAACUCCCAGGGAUCUCUACGGAUACACAUUGAAUUUUCUAAUGUAAAGACAAGAGCAUUUCCUCUCAUGUUGCUAGUCAGAUUCUUCGAGAAGCCUACUCCUUCUGAUUUUCUUGUGAAACAAAUCCACCCGUGGAAUGAACAAACUAUAGACAUUUAUAUACCUGCUGCUCUGCAGGAAGGAGCCAACAUGGGAUAUUUAUCCCUACUGGACGCCGACUAUGACAGAGGACCUCCCAACAAGAAUUUUGCUAAGCCAGUGAACUAUACAGUAUGUUUCCAAUGGCUCCAGUGCAUGUUUUGGGAUAAGAGAGAGUGGAAAUCUGAAAGCUUCUCUCCACAACAAGGAACUUCUCCAGGAAAAGUUAACUGCAGCUACCAUCGCCUGGCAUCAUUCUCUCUCCUAAGGAAUAAGCUGAAUGCCAGUUUUGAAGUGAGUGACAUUUCCGAGUUACAAAAACACCCACAAAACCUGCUUCCCAGUAUUUUCAUUGUGGUCUUUGUGAUUCUUUAUGGAUUUUUGGUUACUAAAAACAGACAUGUAGAUUGUCACAACAAAAAGAAAACUGGAUACAUCGUUCUGCCAGAAGACACACCACCUGGCCACCACCUGUAUGCACUUGUCAUGGCCACUGGCUUCCGGUCCAUGAGCCAGUUUACCUCAAAGGUUUUCAUUGUUCUAUAUGGUGAAAAUGGACUUUCGGAAACCAGAGAACUCUGCUCUUCAGAGAAGCCCCUGCACCCAGGGAAUUCCAAGCACACUUUCAUCCUGAGUGUAUCUGCCCAGUUGGGCCCACUCCAGAAGAUCCGCCUGUGGCAUGACUGCCAGGGCUGUUCCCCCAGCUUGUUCAUCAGCCAUGUCAUGGUGAAGGACUUGUGCUCAGGACACGGCUGGUUCUUCCCUGCCCAGUGCUGGCUGGAUGCAAGCCAAGCUGAUGGCCGUGUGGAGCGGGAGCUCACCUGCCUGCGCUGUGGACUCGGCUUUCAGAAGCUUUUCUGUUCAAAGUUCAUGGAGUACCUGCAGGAAUCCCACAUCUGGCUCUCAGUGUACAACUGGCUUUCCUCCAGUGGUUAUUUGCAUGUACCUCAGCUGCCUGUGUCCUUCUGCCUACUGUGUGCCUAUGCUUACCUCGCUGCCCUGGUCACUUCAAAAGGACAUGAGCAGCCUCUUCUAGAUGUCGGCUCCAAUGAUGUCACUCUCAGAUCUGUUGGUCUGAGUCUCCUGUACACCCUCCUGGCCUCACCAGCAGCAUAUCUCUUGUCACUACUCUUCCGGCUCAGCAAGGAAGCCACAGGGUGUCCACCGGCUGCAGCAGGCCGGGCCCUCAAAGGAACACAGCUGGACGCUUCUCAGGGUCCUAAUUCCUGCGGAAGAUUACCAGAUGUGCAGGAGUCCUAUAAGCAUCCUGCACCAGCCAUUCCUUGUGGAAGUGCCCUGAUGAGGAGGAAGGGAGCAGAUAACAGUGGUGCAGUUGGUGCCACUCUGGAGCUGGAGACCCGUGAGACAGGCCACCCUGAGACAGCCCUGAGGGAGAAGAGUCACCAUGAACCUGCCCCACCACGAGGUGAUGCCCACCUAGACUGCACUCCCAGCACUGGCUUUGAAGGAUUCAUGCCCCGAAGGCAUAGGGUCUCCCCACCUUGGCUGAGCUCUGCAGGCCUGAUCAUCUGUAGCUUUGUAUCCCUGGCCUGUGGUAUGGGGACAGGAUUCCUUGGCUACAGAUUUGUCCCAGCACAGUGUGUGCAGUGGCUGUGUCUGCUGUCCCUCUCUGUGGUCUGCUGUGCAUUUGUCACCCAGCCACUCAUGAUCUGCUGCAUGGCGCUGGCUUUUGCUUGGAAAAGGAAAGAUGACAAGGACUUUUUUACUGAGUCCUUAUGUAAGGCAACGAGGAGUCUGGCUCUGGAAUUGGGAGUGGGCCUGGGAGCCUACCCUGCCCUUUCUCCCAGUGAGGCCCCCGUCUGUGCUGGGGAGGCAGAAAAGGUCUUGGCUGCUCGUCACCGUGAGCGCCAACUGCGCUGGGCACGGCCACCAUCCAUGGCCCAACUGAAGGUCAUUAGAGAGAGGCUGAGAAGACAGGGCCGCACCCAGGCAGCCCUGAGAGAUGUGUGUGUGUCCACCCUCACACUACUGCUGCUUUUGCUGAUCAUCUAUGGGGAAGUCUCCCUAGAGGAACGUGCUCUCAAUCAAGCUUUCCGGAAGGAAUUUAUAAGAAAGGCCAAGCAUUCCCUGGGGAACCUGAGAGGCCCUGAAGGCUGGUGGGAGUGGAGUGGGACUACACUGCUGGAGGCGCUGUACCCAGAAGGCCUCACUGCUACUGGCCGAGUGCCCAGGGCUGAGCCAGGAGUUCUUGGAGGAAAAUGCCACCUCCUAGGUGCCCCUGUGAUCAAGCAGCACAAAGUCUCUCCCCACGACCCAUGCAAGCCUCCCAGGCCAUUCUGGAUGCUCUUUGAAGGCUCAGAUCCGAAGUGUAGGCCUAAAACCCAAGUCCUAGAGAACCAAAGUGUGAUCUCCCAUGGUCCGGAGGCCUGUGGGGCCAGGAAAGAGGCCUGUGUGCAUAGCCUGGGCAGAACAAGGCCUGAAGCCCAUGCGGCCCUGGCUGCCCUAAGGGCCCGCAGGUGGAUUGACCCAAGCUUCAGGGCAGUGUCUGUGCACUUGGCCCUCUACAACCCCGCAGCCCAACUCUUCUCCAGCGUGACCCUGAGAGUGGAGAUCCUCCCUCCUGGAGGCCUCACCCCCUCCUUCCUAGUGGAAUCCUUCAGCAUCUUCUAUCGUGACUCAGCCCAGUACUACCUUAUGCUUCCCAAGCUAGCCUUCCUGGUGCUCCACUUGAGCCGCCUCUGCCUUCAGUUCUGUGGGUCCGCCGAGGAGGGUGUCCUCAGUGGCUGGCAGAAGCCCAGAACCUGGCUGGAGCUCUCCGGAGCCGGAGCGGCCCUGGCCUCCUGCGCGGCCUCAGGCCGGCUGGCCAGCCUGGCGCAGGACGUAGCGGACCAGGUCCGCGGAGGACACGGAGUGGCGCCGGCGGACCUCAGCGCGGCAGCCAGGUGGAAUCAGAGAGUACAGUGGCUCCAAGGACUCCUCUCCUUCUUCUGGAUAUGGAAAUGCAUUCAUGCACUUGGCUUUCUGAACAAAAUGGUGUCCUGCUCUUCGAUGAUGCGUCCAUUUCUCACCAGAGUCUUUGCCCCAGUGCUGGCUGGAGUCCUGCUCCUGGCUGCCCACUUCCAUCUGCUCCGGUUUCUGCUCUUCACCUGGGCACUGCCAUCUGACCCCUCUGCAGCCCCCGUGCGCUGGCAACCUUUUCAUUUCUUGGGGAGAAGUCAGAAAGAUUCCUUCCACAGCCUCUCAGAGGGUGGCCAGCGACCCACAGCUCGCUGCUGUGUGGCAUUCUUCCUACUGAUGGCUGCCAUGUCCUUCAGAAUGAUAAGUGCUUUCUUCCAGACCAUUUUCCGAAAGAGAAAAUCUUCCCACCGUCAAUCUCAUGUGACACUUAAAGAUGUCACUGUUGACUUGUGGAGAGAGGUGCAGACCUUCCUGGGGCUGGAAAAGCCGAAGGUGGAAGAGACCAAGGAGGCUGGGCAGUGUAAUUACUACCUGGACGAAUGUUCACUUCUGAUCGAUGAGCUUCUGAGGAAGAUCAAUGGUUUGUCUGACAGCCUAGAACUUCCUGAUGUAGAAAACCAACCCAGAAGGACCGUGGAGUGGCGGGCGGGCCAUCCUCCGCCAGCUGGCAUUGCAUAGUACUAAGCUACUAGGG